UGCUUUCUAACCCAGUGAAGGGAGAGUAACUUAAGCGUAAGAUGACCUAAACAUCAUGAAAUCACUUCGGGAUAGCUCCAGCACUAAGGAUCCUAUUAGAAAAGACCACGGGGGAUUUUCCUGCAACAAAGCAUUUUCUGUCUCGCAGGAAAACUAGAGACACAGUGACAGUGAAAAAACAGGAAGAGAUAAUAUGCAGUACUUGGUGCUACACAAACCCACAACUGCAAAUCCAGGAAGCUGGGUGUGGAAUUACGUCUGCCUAUGAGAUUAAAUUACUGAGACAUGGAAAGACUAACACAUGAUCAAGAAUGAUAUAGUGCUCUAGUCUUGUGCUGCACAUGGAAUACCAAUAAGAAUGGAAAGCAGAUCCUCAAACAUGGAGUGGCGUGAAAUGCCCUAUGACAGCUGGACAGAAUCUCACGUGAGCUCCUGGUUGAAAUGCAUUGGAAUAAAAGAGAUGUACAUAAAAAAACUGGAGGAGGAGGAGGUGACAGGACCAGUUCUCACAACUCUACAGAGAGAAUUCCUCAGCACUACUAUUGGAAUGAAAAGUGGCCAAAUUGAGCAUCUGCUGAAGAAAAGAGAUGAACUUCUAAAGUCAGAACAGCACAAAAUAAAAAAUAAAAUUGAUUUGUGUGAUAAAGGUAGAGAUGACAAAAAAGAAACUCUGUUAGUUUUAGGACAAGAGCCAAAACUUUGUUCACAAGAACCUUGUGACAGAGCGGAGACAGGGAAUAAUAAGACAACCUCUACAGAAACAGAUUUGUCUUACUGUGAUUAUCGGAAAUUUGAUCAGUAUGAAAAGGAAUGCAGGUAUGUAAAGCAUAAUGUGCUUCCACCAGAGACAGGAAUUGAAAACAUGAUUAUUCCAUGUCAUGAAUAUAAGUCUCUGGAGACUGCACACAAACUGGAGUCAAAAAAGCUACAAACAAAAGUAGCAAGUGAGGUGUUAAGAUUUGCAUGUGCAUGCAUGAAUAUGAGAGCCAAUGGGACAAUUCAUUUUGGAAUUAUGGAUAAAGUCAGAGGCACUCACAAGCAUGGGGAAAUCAUAGGGAUACCGGUCAAAAAUCAGGAGGACUUUGUGGAUGCGUUAGACUACAUUGAAAAAUGCUUCAAAGAUUCAAAGCAACAAUGUGAUGCAAGGAGCUGCAUAAAGAACCCCCGAUUCAUUGAGGUGCUGGACAAGGAGAGUACUGAAAAAACAUGGGUCAUUGAAUAUGAUGUUGUGCCAAAAGCCAGCAUUGUAAAAAAUAAGAUUUACUAUGUUGGUAUCCCAAAAUUCUCUGAGAAGGACAACAAAGUCAAAUGUGAAGAAAAAGUUCCCUAUCACAGAGUAGGGGCUAACACACCACGCAUACCUGAAAAUGACUUUGUUCAUUUCAUUCAAGGACUGACAGAGAAAGACCAACUGAGAGAGGAGGCAGAAUCUUCAAGCAAUCAAACGACUAUGGACUUAGGAGAGGAUCAAGAGAGGAAACUCACCAUCCUCUUAACCUGUGGAGAAACCCGCAUGGACAGCUCUCUGUUUUACAUCAUUGUGACAAACAAAUUUCAGCCAGAGCAUCUCGACAGCAUAAGCUUCUUGGGUCCCAUGAACCUAUUCUGCGUGUUUGAUUUUGACCCUGAUUCAAAGACAUCUGGUCUUUGUGGUAGAUAUAAGAAACAGAAGGCUGUAAACCUUCACUUUCUUGAUAACUAUGCAAAUGACAGUAGACUGGGAACUACUGAUUUCAUAAAUUCUUUGCAGCUUUUUGAGAGAACAAGCUGGAUUUUCUGCAAUGGACGAAAUGACUUUCCUAGUGGGGAACAAACCUGUGAUGAAAAAACCUGGAUCAAAACUAGAAAAAAGAAACUGAAAAAAGCAGUAUCACUCAUUUGCAAUGAUAUCCUACCAAAGCGAUCAUUUGUGGUCCUCUUCCUGCUCAUGUCUGAUGUUGAGCAGCCACUUGUUGAGACUUUCCAUGAAUUCUAUGCAGAGAUGAAUGGACAUGAUUGUUUGGCAGUUAUAUCAGAGUCAAGGGAAAACUACAAAAAGUGGUCAAGUCUUGCUCAGGUCUCUUGUCACACGUCUACACUUAAAGAAAUCAGUAUUGUUGAAAUGCCACUGAGUCAUGUAGACGCUACAGUCCAAAGCAUUCAGCUGUCAAAGAACAAACCCACCAGAACAUUACCAGUUUUAAACGGAGGACUAUGCUUCUUAAAGUCAGUUGAAGAGGCUAUGCUAGAUUCCUUGGAAAUCAUCAGUGUCGACCAGUGUGAUGAUACAAAAUUGGAGAUCAUGAGCGAGUGUGAAAUCCAACAAAUUGAUACCUACUUCUAUCGAGGUGGAAAGAUAGACUGGAAAAACUUCUGGCUUGCCGACAAACAUAAGUGUGAGGGUAUCAUAAAGAGAGAUGCCUACACACAAGCUACCACAGUCCUGGAAAAGAUAGUACAUCGUAGCAAUGCCAUACGUCCCGUCGAGAGUGUGAACAUAUACCAUCAUCCUGGCAGUGGUGGGAGCACAGUGGCACGACAUAUCCUCUGGAGUUGGAGGAAAAAAGUAAGAUGUGCAGUUGUUAAACAGUGUAAGGAAAUCACAACUGUGUGUGAGCAUGCAGUGGGACUGAGAGAACAUGGUGAGAAAGACAAAAACAACUGUCUGCCAGUACUCUUGCUUUUGGAGGAUCGAAAUGCAGAUUACAUAGAUGAUCUCAGACGGGAGCUUGGAAAUGUAAUUGUAACCAAAAAAAUAAGUCGCUCUGUGUUGUGCUUUAUCCUGCUCAUCUGCAACAGGUCAAAUGAUCCAGAAAGAAUAUGCAGAGCAUCAUCAUCUCAAACAGUUGCAGUCACACAUAAGCUGUCAGCUGCAGAGAAGCCUUUGUUCUCAAAAAAGCGUAAGCAACUUGAACUGCAGUUUCAACCAAACUUCAUCCUAACAUUUGUUCUGAUGAGUGAAGAGUUCAAGCCAAGUUACAUUGAGGACUUUGUGAAAAACAUUCUAGAUAAAAUUGAUCAUUCAUCACUUAUCACUCGCCUCAUCAGAUUUGUGGCUCUCUUGAAUAGCUAUGUUGAAGACUCAUACAUAUCUGUGUCACACUGUGAGGCAUGCCUUGGCAUAGCUACACAUGUGGAUAAAACUCGGUACCAUGCAUUUGUGAAUCAUCUCAAUGACGAAGCAAGACUUAUUUUCAUCCACUUUAAAGAAGAUUCAACACACAUAUCAUCGAUACGGGUUAUUCAUCCAAAGGUCGCAAAGGAAAUUCUGACACAGCUAUCUGUAAAUUUGCCUCAGAGUGAUAUUGCCAUGGAUCUCAUUAAUGACAAGGUACUUAUAAAUCAUAGGUUUGACAGGGAUGAGUUCCUUAAGUUCAUCAGAGCUCUUUUCGUCAGGCGCCACAAAAGGAGCAGAGGAGACCCUAAAGACACAACUUUUUCACCCCUUAUUGAACACGUCAGCACAAGAAGAGGUGGUGUUCAGAAAGCUGUUGAUCUCAUGAAAGCAGCUUACCUGUCUUUGGGAAAAGAUGCAUAUGUGGCACAACAGCUUGCCCGGCUGUUUUACACAAAUUUGAGAUUUGAAGAGGCCCUAGAAUGGGCAGAGGAAGCAAAAUCUCUGCUUCCAUUUGAUACAUUUGUCCUUGACACACUGGGACAAGUUUACAAGAGGUGGUUUUACCACUUGUAUGACACCCUUGAGGAAAAAGAACCAUCUCCUGAAAGAGGAAUUGAAAUUAUAAGCACUGCACUCAAAGCAAUUGCUGCCUUCCGGGCCUCUGAAAAAACACCAAAGAAAGAGACUGUCAGCCUCAAUAGCUCAUACUACGGGGAAGCAGAUGUUGGCUGCAGGCUGCUAAAAUUCCUGUCAGGAGUAGAUGUUUUCUCAAACAAUACUGGAAAAUCUGAGUUAAGGCAGUAUUUGUUAACAGACUACAUACCAGCAGAGGUCAAAACACCCUGGCAGAGGUUUCAUCAGCAGUUGAAAGGAUUACAAAAGAGCCUGUGGCAUGCACUUGAGUGCAUUUCUGAAGACCUCACCUACUUUCAAACCGAUAUUAGCGAAGAGGAUGAAGAACUUGAUGCAAGAGAUCCAGAACAGGUAUACAAUCCUAGAGAAUGGCUGACAAGGAAGAGUGCUGUAUAUGCUGGAUUUUUUUGUGUUAUACCUGAUGAGAGUGACCAAGCAGCUGAAAGCAACAGUGCUGACAUGGCAGGUCCAGCUGAAAAGGUUUCUCCAUUUCAAAGACAGAUGAAGACCUACAUGCUUGGUGGAGGAAAUGUUACAGCCAUCCUCUCAUUACUUUAUGACAAGAACCCACAGAGGGCAGGAAAAAAACUUGAGACAAUAAUUGGCAUGUAUCCAGAAAACCUGAAAUGGAACGACCUGGACCAGACAGAAAUUGCAAAUUUCAUAUUUUGCCAGAUAGCUCUCAAUUGUACUCUACCUGGGUCCUCAAAGCUCCUCUCCCUUCAAAAGCUACAAGAUCUCAGCAAGAGAUUUAUUAAAAAAGGGAGAAACAUGUCAUCAGCAAGUGCUCUCUUCCUCCUCUCCCUUCUGUUCUGGCCUGAGACAAGCGAUGAACUCAGUUCUGCCGGUACUCAGAUCCUGUUAUCAGCCAUUAAUGAACUUCAGAGACUCUUUGAUCAAAAAAGCCAACAUGUUUCUCUCAGGAAAAGCAAAAUCGUGACCCACUUCUUUCUGGCAAAGGCAAGAGGUCUUAACAAAAUUGUCCACAGAAGUGCUAUUGAAAAGCAUGUGAAUGGCACACUAAGUGAGAGAAAAUUGAAAUGGCUUGGAGGGGAAGUAUGGAAAACCAAGGAAGUUGUGCAGUUACUGAAACGUGUUGAAGGAUGGACAGAAAAUGGAAGCCUGUUUGUGAAAGGAGGAACCAGAGACAGCAAGAUUAGGGUUCUUCCUAGAUAUUCUGCCUCCCUGCCAAAUGGAAAUGAAAAUGUCACCUUCUACUUAGGCUUUUCAUUUGAUGGAGUGCUUGCCAGUGACAUCCAAGUAAUGGAAUAAUGUUCCCAGUGUAAAUCUGCAAAUAUCAGUGCUACAGUGGUCAUUACAUUAUUUUGAGUGACAAAGGCUUGGGGAAACCUUUCCUUUCUUCCAUAGGACACCAAAACAAAUCAGCAUAAAUGAAAAUCCUUGUUUGUUCUCUGACUUGCAAGACCGAAGAUGGUGGGAUUGAAAGAUGGGUUCUUUCUUUCUUCUAUCCCUCAAGUGAAAUAGGCCUUCAAAGUGUCCUAAACGAUUUUUUGCAUGGCCCAUUAUACAGCUUUUAUAUAUACACACUUCAUUAUGAUAACUGCUACUGCAUAUGAUGUAUAGGAUG